GUAUAAAGUUGUGUGUGUGUGUGUGUGUGUGUGUGUGGUUACUCUGCCCUUUGCCCAGGCAGAUCGCUGUUUACCGGCUACAACCUGCCUGGAAGAUGUCUCGGGCUGCGGAGAGACUCGCGCUGCUGAUGAACCAUCUUCACCGACAUCCCGCCGCCAUCAGAUUUGCACCAACAAGUGCUGAAAGCCUCACCUGCACCCCCCCACACAGACUGAGAUACAGCUGUGAUACUGACCUGCUGACCCCAGAACAGAGAAUCUUCUAUGAGGAAAAUGGAUUCAUCCUCAUCAAGAAUCUGGUGGCUGAAGGGGACAUCGACAAGUUCAGGAAGGCGUUUGAACGGAUCUGUCGUCAGGAAGUGAAAGUUCCCGGUCUGGUGGUGAUGAGGGACGUGGCCAUCGUUAAGUCAGAGUUUGUUGCAGAUCAGAAAGCAGUCUCCAAACUCCAGGAUUUCCAGGAAGAUGCUGAACUGUUCCGGUACUGCACCUUACCACAGAUUCUGAAGUAUGUGGAGUGUUUCACUGGACCCGACAUCAUGGCAAUGCACACGAUGCUGAUCAACAAACCUCCUGAUGCAGGUAACAAGACGUCUCGUCACCCGAUGCAUCAGGAUCUGCAUUACUUCCCGUUCCGUCCUGCAGACAGGAUCGUCUGCUCCUGGACGGCCAUGGAGAAGGUGGACAGACAAAACGGCUGCCUGGUCGUUCUGCCAGGAACACACACCAGCACGCUGCAGGAGCACGACUACCCACAGUGGGAGGGUGGCGUGAACAAGAUGUACCAUGGCGUGCGUGACUAUGACCCGCAGCACCCCAGGGUGCACCUGGAGAUGGAGAUGGGCGACACCGUCUUCUUCCAUCCGCUGCUGAUCCACGGCUCAGGCAUGAACCAGACUCAGGGCUUCCGCAAGGCCAUCUCCUGCCACUACGCCAGCGCUGGCUGUUAUUACAUCGAUGUGGAGGGAACCACUCAGGAAAACAUUGAGAAAGAGGUGGAGGAAAUCGUCACCAAGAAGUACGCUUUUGACAACAGAAUCAGCUUCCAGGACACCUGGGCUUUCCGAGGCCGCCUGGUGCAGGGAGAGAGGACAUCUCUGUGAAGGCCCACAGCGAGCUACAGCACAGAUCAUAUGGGAGCAGAUCAGAAGCAGGAAGUGUUUGUGGCUUCCUUUAAUUAAAAGGCAUCAUCUUGUUAUAUCAUAUAUAUACUAUACUAAAUAUCAUCGUUAUCUAAUCUUUGUUAUCAUGUACCGGUAAUAAUAAUUUUGAUUUAAUUCACUGUUAUUUGGGGCUUGUGCUCAUUGUAGUUUUUUCAAGUUUUAUUUGACAUAUGCAAGUUAACACAGGGUCAACAGUACAAUGAAAUGUGUGCGAGAGAGACAGCAUGUCAGCUCAGCACAGAACCUGAAUAAAAAGGGAUGUUAAGAUGAAUGAUGAAUAAGAAAAGUAAUCUUUAGGAGUGACAGAGGUAGAGCGGGUUGAGAGAGAAUAUUGAUAUAUAUUUUAUUAAAGCAGAAAUGUGUGAAUAAUCAGUGCACAAACCGAGGCCUUAUAAAUGUUCUGGUGUCAGUUGAUGAUGAGUGAAUGCAUGUUUGUGACAAAUGUUUUAAUAACAAUAAUAAAAAUGCUUUAUUAAUGACA